UAUUGGUGGCUUUUAGCACUUGCCACUGAACCUCAAAAAUAUGUAGAAGUAUAAGUGUUUAGAUAUAAGCAAAGAGAAAGGAAGAAUGUGUGUCUUAAUAUUUAGGUGUGCAUCUUUGCUGAGCAUAUUUUAUUUGGUUAUAUAUGUAGCUUUUUUAAAGUAGUCCUUCCUUUUAAUGCUAUGGCUUCUCCUAGAAAUAAAGGAUAUAAAUAAAGACUUCUCUCCACACAGGAAGAAGAACCAAACAAUAAUGCUGAGGUUUGCUGUCACCCUCUUUGCUGUCAUAACGUCAUCUACCUGCCAAAAAUACGGAUGUCUGGAAGGGGACACCCACAAACUGAAGCCAAGUCCUGAACCAAAUAUGCAUGAAUGCACUCUGUACUCUAAAUCUUCCUGUUGCUAUGCAAACUUCACAGAGCAAUUGGCUCAUUCCCCAGUAAUUAAAGUAAACAACAGCUACUGGAACAGAUGUGGGCAGCUCAGUAAAUCCUGCGAAGAUUUCACAAAGAAAAUUGAGUGCUUUUACCGGUGUUCUCCACAUGCUGCUCGCUGGAUCCAUCCCCACUACCCUGCUGCUAUUCAGUCUGUUCCAUUGUGUCAAAGCUUUUGUGAUGACUGGUAUGAAGCCUGCAAAGAUGAUUCCAUAUGCAUUCAUAACUGGCUGACAGACUGGGAAUGGGAUGAAAGUGGAGAAAACCACUGUAAGAAUAAAUGUAUUCCAUACAGUGAGAUGUAUGCAAACGGGACUGACAUGUGCCAGAAUAUGUGGGGGGAGUCAUUUAAGGUGAGCGAAUCCUCCUGCCUCUGCUUGCAAAUGAAUGAGAAGGACAUGAUGGCAAUGAAGUAUCUCCUCUCCGAAAGCUCAGAGGAAAGUUCCAGCAUCAGCAGCAGUGAGGAGCAUGCCUGCCAAAAGAAACUCCUGAAGUUUGAGAAACUAAAAGGAGAGGAAGGGGAACAGACAAGAUAAAUGCUGGUGGAUGUAUGUCAGGACAAGAGAAAUUGUUGUGGAGGCUGGACUCGGGGCAUCAUGCCAGCCUGCUUUAUCCCUUACUUCCUAGAACACAAUAAAUCAAUGGCUGGUUAUAUUAAUCUUUCUCUGAUGUUUUUGCAUCUGCAUCACAAAGCUCCCAGACAGGUUAGCACAGGUGUAAUCUUGUGACUUGAACUGAACAGCUAGAAGCCUGAAGGUAACAUCUAGGGGUUGACUUUCAAAGAGGAGAGGCACAGGCAGCUCCUGCUGACUUAAGGUGGAACACUGAGAACUAGAGACCUCUGGAAGGCCACACCAGUAACACACCAAAUCUUCAACCCAAACCCUUCAUUAGCAUAGGCACACAGCAUCCUGUCACGAGUUCCUGUGUGCCAGGCUCUGCUCAGAUAAAGAAAAAUGGUCCAGGCAGAAAUAGGUCAGUGAGCCUGGCUACUGACCACUGAAAAUUUGUUUAUGUUGUAUCUCAAAAACAUUUUUGCAAAACAGGGGAUUGUGGUGUACUAGAUAAAUCCCUGGAUCCAUAUAUUGGCAGUAUACAGUAUGCACGGUCUGUUGCACUGGGCUUUUACCUUAUACAACAGCAGUACCAGUCUCCUACAGUAUGAAUUUGAAGCAUAAUUUUGAGUCCAAUUAAUCCCACCGAAUGAUUCCAAACAGAAUGAUCUCUGACAAAUGGAAGUGUCAGGGAAGACCCUAAUUACAUUUCUCCCAUCAGUAAUUCUGUUUCCCAGCAUCACUGUUACGGUCAAAGUAAAACCAAAAUCUGCACCAGUCCCAGAGGGACAUGUCAGGUAAGAAUGAAUGAAAGCCUGCUUUCACUUAGGCAUCCAUACUCCCUCUGAUACCACAGUAGAGCAGACAGGUCUGUGCCAUUCUGUACAGCCUUUCAUAGUGGUAUCACCAGGGAAAACAUAAGAAGGAUUUAAUUUGGGGGGGUCAGAUUACCAAAUUGUGAAAAUUCUCAGUGUUUGCUGUGGAGCUAGCCACCUUACAUCACUUAAGGAUCUGGCCCACAGUUAAAACUGACUUGGCGCAUCCUGGUAAACUAGCAGAAUCUUAAGAAUUCAGCACACUUUCUUCACUGGGCUGUUUAUUUAUUGAAUGGUUUCACACAGCUGCAAUAGAAUUGCUAGACCCAUUAGGUCAUGCUCUGCUUCCAACAAGAUUCUCAGUAUAUUUAACAAUGGGCUAAUUCCUACCAGCACUGAAAUAGUUUUUAGAAUGAUAUUUUUCUACAUCUGUAUUUUAUGCUAACUCAAUUUGUCUGUUGUAGUGUUUAAAAAGAAAGAAUUUGGAAGAAUUUGGUCUUCUGUAAAGUUCUGACAGUCUUUUUUCCUCUAUUUCACUAACUCUGUUCUGUCCUGUCCUUUAUUGCACCUGAAUCACAGUGGAAAUUUUCCUGCUUUUUAUUUUGCUGUGGUCAGAAUUCAAGAAUGAAUUAUCCCCUCUCACUGCCAUAACACCAACUUUUUCUGUAUCACCAUGGCCAAAGAUUUCCUUCAUGUUCUUUGUUAAAUAUAGCACAAUUGUUUCUGCCUGUGUCUCUGCUCUUUUUCUUCCCAUUCCACUUUAUUCUCUUUGCUCUGGCUACAUUACUCUUGAAACCACACUCAACAAACAAUUCUUCCAUGCUUAGUUUCAGGAUGACCCAUGACACUGGUUGUUGCAUGCUCUUGAACAGCA